AUUCAUUAGAAACGUCAAGAACGGAUGUUAAUGAGGAGCAUGUUCCUCUCCUCAAAGCAGAAGAUUUAGACGAAUCGAUUAUCAUAAGACUUAGAAAUUUAUUACGCAGAAUGCUCGCAUAUAUUUACUCAUUGUUCACGAAAGAACCUGUGGAAAUUCCACCAAAACCUAUCUUAAAAAAACCAAAAUCUGAUAAAACAAAACUUAAAAUUUUUAUUGGAACAUGGAACAUGCAUGGAAAACUCCCUCCAUAUAACCUUGAUCCUUUUAUUGAAACUGUAGAUGAGAAAAAGUUUGGUUAUACUCGUGAUGCUCCUAUACUUCCUAAAAAGGUUCAACACCCAUAUCAUAUUCUAGUAAUAGGAACUCAAGAAUGUCAACAUAACAUUCAACAUUCGGUAUUUUUCCCUUCAAAAGAUGAAUGGGAAUCAAGGUUAAAAAAUUAUCUGGGUGAUACUUACGUUCUUGUUAAAACUGAAACGAUGGCUGCAUUACAUUUG